GAUCGGCCCACGGAGGAUGGAAUCUCUCAGCCUUCGGCAACUGCUGCUGAUCGGGAUCUGCCUCCAGCAAGGAGCAGCGGCAACAGGACCAGUUUGUGGCCAGCAGAGAAUCUUUAGCCGGAUCAUCGGUGGGAUCAAUGCCCUGAGAGGGGAAUGGCCCUGGCAGGCCAGCCUGCAGCUCCGCGGGGAGCACACGUGUGGAGGGACCCUGAUUGGUGACAAAUGGGUUCUUUCAGCUGCUCACUGCUUCAUUGGGAAGGACACGACCAAGGACUCAUCCUCCUGGAAGGUGGUACUGGGGCGUCUGCAGCUGAGUGGCGGCUCGCUGCCAGGCGUAGUGCGGAACGUCUCCGAGAUCAUCACCCACGAGAAGUACAAAGACUUCACUAAGGGCUUGGACAUAGCCCUGCUGAGAUUGUCUGAGCCUGUCCCUUUCAGCCGUGAUGUGGCCCCCAUCUGCUUGCCUUAUGCCAACCACCAAUUCGCCUUUGGGUCCCAGUGCUGGGCCACCGGCUGGGGCAGGGUGAAGGAGGACAUGACCCUCCCACCUCCCAAGCCUCUCAAGAAGGUGGGGCUGGACUUGCUCAGUGCAGAGACCUGCAACUGCAUCCACAAUAAUCUGCGCCAGAAGGAGCUCGCCAGCCCCGCUGGGCCAGGGCUGAUCUGUGCUGGGUAUCAGAGUGGGGGCGUGGGGCCAUGCCAGGGUGAUUCCGGGGGGCCAGUGGCCUGCUCUGAGAACGGGACGUGGUUCCAGGCCGGGAUCCUGAGCUUCUCAGUGGGCUGUGCCCGGCCCCACAGCCCCAUCCUGCUGACCGAGGUCACUGCCUACACCAACUGGAUCCAGAACCAGACAGGGGGAGCCUCCUUCGCUGUCCAGACUGCGCCGCCCCCCUUCAGCAGUGACCAUGGAAAAUGCAGAGGUUGUGGGAAGCUGAACGGAUCUGAGCUGAGUGUCACUGCCAGGGGGCCUUGGCCCUGGUACGUGAGCCUACAAUAUGGGGGGAAGCACAUCUGCGGGGGAGCACUGAUCUCUGAGAGCUCGGUGCUGGCGGCCGCUCACUGCUUCAUCGGGCGGCAAAACCCCACAGCCUGGAAGGUGCUCCUGGGUGAAUGGCGGGAGGGGGAAGAGCCACGCUGGCAAGAAGAGAGGGGCCUUCAGAAGCUCAUCCUCCACGCAGCCUACGUGAAUGUGAACACAGGAUUUGACAUCGCGCUGCUGACACUCGCCAAGCCAGUGGUGUUUGGGGAGAACAUCUGGGCUGUCUGCGUCCCCUACAAGACACACCAAUUUCAGCUCGGCAGCACCUGCUGGGUCAAGGGACGGGAGAAUGAUCGGGCACCCCCACCGCAACCGCUACAGGGCAUGGAGGUGGAUCUCAUGGGACCUGUCGCCUGUAACUGCGCCUACAACCAGUCCGGCUCUGCUGGUGAGGCAGUGUCCAUCCUCCCAAACAUGCUUUGUGCUGCUCAACAGGAGAAGAGCACCAGCUGUGAGGGCGAUGAUGGGGGCCCUCUGAUUUGCAAUGAGAAGGGCACCUGGUACCUGACUGGCCUCUCCAGCUUUCGCAAUGGCUGCGGGAGGAAGAGCCAGCCCGGGGUGUACACAGAAGUUAGCGCAUACGAGGAAUGGAUCUUGGACAUCACUCGGGAUGGUUACUUUGCCAAGCAGACCAUGCCAGUUCCAGAGGUCCUAGAAGAGGACAGAUGCCCAAUGAAGCCAACUCCAAGUUCCGGUGGAGAGGGGGAAAAGCCAGUGCCAACUACUGGUGGUACCACACAUGGGGAAGGUGAGUCCCUAAGCACCUGAUGACACUUUUCCACUGCCCUGGCAGCCU